AACCACUGUGCUCUCGCAGAGAUUUGUACUGUAAAAGCUGAGUUUGCAAAGUUAAAUUAAUUUCGAAUUGGUGGAUUUUUGUAUGGAAAUACUUUGGGCUAGUUGACUUUACUAACCAGGACCUGCCUACUACUAGUCAGGAGAGGGUGGUGGUUUGUGGUUCUCUGGAUAGUGGGUAGCCGUAAGUAGAACAGAAGAGGGAUUUUAAAAUGAUCUGUUCAUUUUUCUCUUUACUAGUAAGAUUUCCAAUCUGUGUCCAUUCUUGAAGUGAAGUCAUUGGGUGGCUUUGUACCCACCUGGAGCCAGGGCCCUUACCAGGGAUUAGGGCACCGGCAGACUGGUGUGGAGGCGUAGUGCAGGCGUGCUUGAAGAGGGACAGGACCCAAGGAAGGGUGACAAUAAGAAGACAAAAACACGAAAUAUUCGCAGCCCUCUUUAGAACAUCCUCCAUCUAGGCAAAAUCUAUUAGGAAUUUUAAGAAGCUUCAAUUAAACAUUAGUGCUCGGUGUCCUGCUGAACAGGAAUUCAUUCUUCAGUCGAAGCUCUAUUGUCAGUAAAACUACUCAGGAUAAGGCAGCCGUGUUUAGGCUGUGAGGAGCUGCCCCUGGACUGCGGAGCUUGCUCCGUAAAAGGCGUCUUGAUACCCCCUCAAAUGGAUUUACAGAAAAGACUCAGCUGUUGGAAGUCUCUGGGAUUGUAUGGCAUCAUGAGGUAACAGACCUGGUAAAUAGCUAGAACGUAGAGAAGAAUGAAACCAGAGGCAGUGUGCUGUUGGAGCUGAGAGGCUGGACUGACCCGCAGUCUGUGGUUUGUCGACCCAGGUCUAGAGCAGCCUUGGCGGGUUUCUUUAAUGCCAAUGACUGUCGAUGUUGCUUGGUUGACUGCCUGUAGAGUGCCUCACGUUCUGGAUCUGGUGGGCUGCUUUUGGUGGAGACCGAAAACUGGAUAUUUGGUCCCCGUGGACUUUCUGGUCACCCUAUGAGGUAGAUUUACUUUGUCUUGAGUCAUGUGGAAGGACUCUGAAGUCACAAGUUUUUAAGACUCUCAGGCUUACUGUGGAUCUGGAUUCUAAGGCAACACUUCCUUGAAGAAACAAGCUUACAGCUCUGCCCGGAUGGCCCUCGUCUUCCUGUACGGCACCUUGAAGCGGGGUCAGCCCAACCACAGGGUCCUGUGGGACGGCGCCCACGGCUCCGCAGCCUUUCGGGCGCGCGGCCGCACGCUGGACCCCUACCCGCUGGUGAUCGCGGGGGAGCACAACAUCCCGUGGCUGCUGCACCUGCCUGGCUCGGGGCGCCGCGUGGAGGGUGAGGUCUACACGGUAGAUGAGCGGAUGCUGCGCUUCCUCGACGACUUCGAGAGUUGCCCGGCCCUGUACCAGCGCACGGCGUUGCAGGUACAGCUGCUGGAGGAGGGGGCCCCGGGCGCGGAGGAGCCGCCGGCGCCCACUACGGUGCAGUGCUUCGUGUACAGCAGGGCCACCUUCCCGCCGGAGUGGGCCCAGCUCCCGCACUACGACAGCUACGAUUCCGAGGGGCCGCACGGGCUGCGCUACAACCCCAGGGAGAACAGAUGAGGGGGGCAGGCAGGGUGGGCCUACGCCUGAGAGCCCUGGGGCUCCAAGAUGUGCCCAGCCCAUGCUGGGUGAAGGCCGAAGCAGAACAGGGCCCUUUCCAAGGAAUCAGCGGGAGAAGGAACCAAUCUUUCAGUGGCAGCUGAUUUUACAAAUAAUGUUGACACACAAAUAGCAAGGUGGUUCCCUCCCAUCUUUCCACCUGGUAGGAAAAAUUCAGGAUUUUAAUACCCCUAAAUGACAUUUAGAGAACUCAUGUUAUGCCUAAUUCUUCUGCUCUUCUUCCUUGUGUUUUUUGUUUGCUCAGCUUUGAGCUCAAGAUAAUAUUUAGGAUCAAUGUAAAGACUUGGUGUUGCAGCUAGAUUUUAGCAGCCCUAUUACACUGAUUCUGGCCUGUAGCCCCUGAGAAAAGCUGAUUUCACAGGGCUGGGUAGAAUUUGUAAAGAAGGUCCACAGGGCAAGCAUGCUGUAUAUCAGAGUGCGUACAGCACCAUUCUUCAUAAUUUUCAGAUCAAGCUUCAUAGCAGAUAUUAAAGAUUAUUUAAAUUUGAA